UCAAAAAUCGCGCCAUUCGUCUUUUUUGUUAUCAGAAAAUGGUCAUCUUUUAUCAUUCGGCACUUUUUUUAACAGUAUUUAUAUGGGAAGUACGCUAAUUUAUCAGGAAAUUUUAACAUAAAACAUUACUUGAGAAUAGUUUACACGUGUCAGAUUUAAGGUUUUGCAGCCAUUGUGGAUGUUGACAACAAAUUUUAAACACCAGUAAUAAUGAAGUCAAGCCCAAAAUACUACUUGAUCCUCUUCCUCACCGUAGCUGCAUACUUUGGCGUGUCAAAAUUCAUCUUCGACAAGGUCUAUGGAACGAUACAUAUCGUAAUAGAUGAAUUGUUCCACAUACCACAGGGCUUGGCGUACUGUGAACGUAACUUCACGUACUGGAACCCAAAGAUCACCACAUUGCCGGGCCUUUACCUCGUCUCAGCUGCAGUUUUGGGCUCGCAUUUCCAAUGCAAUACAUACAAUUUACGUUUCAUCAAUUUAAUCGCGUCGUGUAUUAAUUUAAUUCUGUUUGCAUCCAUUUUGAAAUUCGUUUAUGGCAACACCAGUUAUGUGAAAACGGUGUGGCAAGCUUUAAAUUUGGCUCUACUGCCGCCGUUGUAUUUUUUUUCGCACGUCUAUUACACCGAUACACUAUCUCUGACUUUCCUGUUAGUUUUCUCUGGCUUCGUUAACAAGUUUAAACUGUUGAACUUUAUAUUUGGAUUAUGCAGUGUGGUUAUGAGGCAGACGAACGUUGUUUGGGUGGCUAUGAUAUUUGGCCAUAAACUUUUAUAUAUUUUCAUAAAGAGCUCGAGAGUGUUUGGUAAUCAGUACUUGACUAAAGCGAAGUUGAGCCGCCAGUCGUUGAUCGCGAAAGAUUUGGACGCGUCGAAACUGAAACGUUACUAUGGUAUUUCGGACUUGUUCAACGCCUUAUUCUACCAUAUAACCACUUGUUUCGUAACAUUUUUCAAGUUUAUAACCCUUCAAGACUUUCUCGAUCUAUUCCUGCAUAGUAUAACAUUGAUAUCCUUCCUUGCAUUCGUUUAUAUCAACGGUUCCAUAGUGGUAGGCGAUAAGGGAGCACACGAAGCGGCCCUGCAUCUACCACAGUUGUUUUAUUUCCUAAUUUUCUACGCAGUAUUCGCAUUACCAUACGUUUUGGUUAAACUGCGUACGACUCUAAGUUUAAUAUUUAGCAAUAAAAUUAAAGUUGUUUUUAUUUGUAUAUUAUUUGUAGGCAUAGUACAUUUUAAUACAAUAGUGCACCCAUAUUUGUUAGCGGACAAUCGUCAUUUUACGUUCUACAUUUGGAAUCGAUGGUACGGCAAGUAUGAUUUCGCCAUUUACGCAUCUGUACCUAUCUAUGUGUUCUUACUAUUCAGCCUUUAUGAUAAUUUAAGACAACAGAAUUGCAUAUCGUUCCUAAUGCCCUACACUGUAUGCUUGUUUCUAGUGUUGGCCCUACAGAAAAUGCUUGAAGUUAGGUAUUUUAUAGUUCCAUACAUAGUGUUGAGGUUGCGUUUCGUGAGGCCGUCCUUUAAAAUUAUUUUAUUCGAAUUCGUUUGGUAUUUAACGUUGAAUUGCGCUGCGUUUUAUGUGUUCUUCAAUAAAGACGUUGUAUGGAAGGAUUUUGAUUAUUCCCAGAGGAUAAUUUGGUAGUUUUAAUUGUAUGUAUGUAAGGUUGGGUAAUGUACAGGGUGUAAGGGACACAUUGGCAAAAACAGAAACCAUUAGUUCAGACAGAUAUUUUUUUUUUAUUAAAAAAAUAAUGUAAUCUAUGCUAUUAUAUCAUAAUAUAUAGAAAUAAUAUGUAUUUUUAUAGUGAAAUACCAAAAAAUAGCAAUUUAUCUAAUAUACGUAUUAAAAUGCUACCGCGACGCGCACAGUCAGCUGUACGAGGUGAACGCCACGAGCGUACGACACUACGUACUAGGAGGCGGCACUGACCGCUGACCGCUGACCGCUGACCGCGCGCUGUACGCACGAGUAUCGCGCCUCGCGGCCAUCGUAAUAUUGCAAAUACAUUGCGCGGCGUCGACACUGAGUAUCGCUAAUUAUACGGCUGCGGUGCAUUACCGGCGGGAGAACAAUAUGCCAUCUGAUUCACAUGUUUUUCGCCAACCUGUCCCUUUCCGCCUUUAUAGCAAUAUCUAUAUAUCGUAGUUAAAAUAUCUAUACAUAUAUUGGCCCAAUAACAGAUAGAUUAUCGGGCAUCCAAUAUAUAAUAUCGAAAAGAAGUACCCGCUCGUAAUGAAUAUAUAUAUCCGACUGGUAUGAACGAUAUCGCAACGUGUUGCCAUCAAUGGCCAGAAGAACUCGAUAUAUAGAUAUUGGAUAUUACUUGUCCCUAUAUGUAUGGCAUGUUACAACUGGGUGACGCCCGUUUUGAAUGCCGUUAAGAAUUUGCUAAUGUAUUUAAGUUUACUUGUCUGAACCUAAUCCCUUUAUUCAUAAAAACGUCAAAUCAUAAACCUAUUUUAGAUAUU